CUUUUACUUCCUUGUACACACAGAUAGAGGAACUGACCGUUUUGCGGCUGGCCUUUUUGUCAACACUCUACAUCCUCUCCGGCUUCAUUUCAUAACCUUCAAAUCAUGAUCAGAUAGAAAACGAGCGCCAACGUUGCGGAGCUGAACAGAGUCGAUUUCACUUGUAAGCUGCAGAGAUGGCUUCUUGGGGGCAGCAGGGAGAGAUGACGGAGUACAAGAAGAUUCUGAUCAAACGGGACAUGGAGAUGGGCGUGGUCAUGACAGUGUUUCGGCAGAAGGCGGAGCGGCUCACUGUGCAGGUCAUCAUGGAGACCCGGCAGGUGGCAUGGACACGCACCGCAGACAAGACCGAUGGUGUCUUGGACCUGUUUGAGAUCAGAGAGGUUCGUCCAGGGAGGAACUCCAAGGACUUUGAGCGCUUUAAAGAUGGCAAGGACAAACACGAUGAAAACACCUGCUUCACAAUUUUCUACGGCUCACUGUUUGUUCUUAACACCCUCAGUCUAGGAGCUGAUUCUGUGGAAGAGGCACAAAAAUGGCUGAUAGGACUAGAACUUCUAAGGCAAGAGACACUGGUGGCUCCGACUCCAGUUCUCAUAGAGAGUUGGCUGAGGAAGCAGAUGUAUUCUGUCAAUCAGACCAAAACAAACAGCAUCUCCAUGAAGGAGCUGAAGGCUCUGCUUCCUUUGCUCAACUACAAGGUCCCCAGCUCUCGAGCUCUCAAAGACAAAUUCCAGGAAGUGGGAGCAAAGAAAGACCGCCUGGACUUUGAGCAGUUUCAUAAAUUAUACAACCAUAUAAUGUUCGAACAGAAUGAGAUCCUUGAUGAGUUCAAAAAGGAAUCAUGUGCUUUUAUUCUGGGUAACACAGACAAACCAGAUGCCUCAGCAGUUCUGCUCCAUGACUUUCAGCGGUUCCUUAUCUACGAGCAAAAGGAAACCUGGGCCAAUGAUCUGAACCAGGUCAGAGAACUGAUGACCACCUUCAUUGACGACACCAUGAGGAAAACCAAUGAUCCAGAGUUCACCGUCAGCGAGUUCCUCAGUUUCCUGUUUUCCAAGGAGAACUCUGUGUGGGACGAGAAGUUCUCAGAGAUCAGCAACCUGGACAUGAACAACCCUCUCUCUCAUUACUGGAUCAACUCCUCACACAACACCUACCUGACGGGUGAUCAGCUUCGCAGUGAGUCGUCCACAGAGGCUUACGUACGCUGCCUGCGUCUGGGAUGCCGCUGUGUUGAAUUGGACUGCUGGGAAGGGCCUGGGGAACCAAUCAUUUACCACGGCUGGACCAGGACGACCAAGAUCAAGUUUGAGGAUGUGGUCAAAGCCAUUAACGAUCACGCUUUUGUCACUUCGGAGUACCCAGUGAUCCUGUCCAUAGAGGAACAUUGUCCUUUAGAGCAGCAGCGUCAGAUGGCUCGUAUCUUCAGAGACGUGUUUGGAGACAAACUGCUGACUGACCCUGUGGAACAGAUGGCUGAGCAGUUACCUUCACCUACACAGCUGAAAGGCAAGAUCAUACUCAAGCACAAGAAGCUCACUGUGGAGGGAGCAGGAAUCAGUAAAGACUUCAGGAAGGGGCAGAAACAGGGAGACCUGGAGAUGUGGGACCCUGUGGAUCAGCGGUGGAACAGGCACUACUGUGUGAUCUCUAAUGACAAGCUGUACUACGCAGAGGAGUAUGAGCAGGAGGAAGAGGAUCCAAAGAAGUACCAGGACCUGCACAUUUCGGAGCCAUGGUUUCAUGGUCGCAUGAAGGAAGGCAGGCUGAUGGCCGAGCGACUGAUCCAAGAUUACUGUGCGGAGACUGGGGGAAGAGAUGGCACCUUCUUGGUCCGAGAGAGUGAUACCUAUGUGACAGACUUCACCCUCUCCUUCUGGCGCAGUGGGAGGGUCCAGCACUGUCGUAUUCGCUCAGGCUCAGAGGGGGGCCACACUUUCUACUACCUGACGCCAAACCUACACUUUCCCACCGUGUACUCCGUGAUCCAGCACUACAGAGACAACCCACUGCGCUGCCAAGACUUUGAGCUGCGUCUCACCGAUGCUGUACCACAGCCCAACCCACAUCUACAUGAAAGGUGGUUCUACAGUAACCUGAGCAGAGGUCAGGCGGAGGAUUACCUGCUGAGGAUUCCCAGAGAUGGAGCUUUCCUCAUCCGACAGAGAGAAGGAGAACCAGACUCCUUCGCCAUCACAUUCAGAGGAGAUGGUAAGGUGAAACACUGCCGGAUCCAGAAGGAAGGCAACAUGUACCUGCUGGGCACCACUACAGAGUUUGAAAGCCUGGUGGAGCUGGUCAACUACUUUAAAAAGAAGCCGCUGUAUCGCAAGAUCAAGCUUCGUUACCCAGUCACCCCCGAGCUGGUGGACCGCUUCAGCACAUGAAGAAUGGCAAAAGCGGGAUGUCCCAUGUGCUGACCCUGCAGGACAUGGAGCAGGACAGUCUGCAGUUUGACCUGGCUGCAGGCUCUCUGGAGGAGCUGUUUGAAUGGUACCAGGUGGCCUGGGACAUUACUCAGAGAGAGAUGAGCAAGCAGUACCACAGGGAGCAAGAGAUCAGACAGCAGGAGGAAGUGGAGAAGAAGGCAGAGGUUGCCAUGGAGAUGUCGGACCUGGUGGUCUACUGUCAGCCACGCAGCAAGGAGAAGGACCGCUUUGACAGCUACAGCUACAAAGAGAUCCGCUCCUUCGUGGAGAACAAGAUCCCGGGAAAGAACCGCACCAAGGACUUCCUUCAGUACAACUGCAAGGCUCUGAGUCGGAUCUACCCGAAAGGUCAGCGCGUGGAGUCCUCCAACUACGACCCUUACCCACUGUGGGCUGUUGGCUGUCACAUGGUGGCUCUCAACUUCCAGACUGCAGAUAAAUACACCCAGUUGAACAGCGCCCUCUUCAGUCUGAAUGGACUUACUGGUUACGUGCUGCAGCCGGAGCUCAUGCGCGAUGAUGGCUAUAACCCUCAGCAGGAGAAGAAGAAGGUCAAGUACAACAUUGUGGUUAGGGUGAUUGCAGCCAGACACCUUCCUAAACCCGGCCGCAGCAUCGCCAGUCCAUUCGUGGAGAUAGAGCUGUGCGGACACACAGAAGAGAAGUUCAAGACCAUCGUCUAUCGUGAUAACGGUCUGAACCCAGUGUGGAAAGCCCCAGCAGAGCCUAUAGUCUUCACCGUGUACGAGCCUGAACUCACCUACCUGCGCUUUGUGGUCAACGAGGAGGACAUGUUCUCAGACCCCAACUUCCUGGCUCAGGCCACAUUUCCUGUCAAAGGCAUCCGCUCAG